AGGGAAGUUCCGCCAGCACGAGCUGGAGGACACGCCCGGAUUGGCGUCGGGCACCGAGGAGGAGGCCGAUCGCAAGGCGGAGGCCGAACGCAGAGCCAAGGAGGAGACUGAGCGCAAGGCGGAGGCCGAGCGCAAGGCGGAGGCCGAGCGCAGAGCCAAGGAGGAGGCCGAGCGCAAGGCGGAAGCCGAGCGCAAGGCGGAGGCCGAGCGCAAGUUCGACCCCCGCGAGCAGCCCCUGCACCUCUGGGUGCGCCGCGCCCUCGGCCGCUGGCCCGCGACCGCGGACGCCCGGAGGCUCGCCCGUGCCUGGAAUGCGUGCCUGACGGCAGGCGGCGCUGCCGAGAUGGACCUGGUCGACCUGCUUCUGGAGGUGGGCCUCGGCGCGCAGGGGGAGCCCGCGGCCGAGGGCAGCUGCGCGGAGGCCCUGGCCACGCUGGCGGCCCGAGGCGGCCUCUCGUGGGAGCCGCUGGGCUCCGCGCUGCGAGCCCUGGUCCAGCGCCUGCUGCUCCAGGCGCCCGGGCCCGUGGAGCAGGCGGAGCGGUUCCUGCAGAUGCUGCUGGCCAGGCUCCUGCUCUGCGACGACGGCCGCAGCGUGGGGCCCCACGUCCUGGAGCCCGCGGUCCGCGAGGCCUCCGCAGUGCGAGGACAGGGUGCGGACCCCACGGCCGGCGUCCCCGUGGUGUGGAACUGGCUGUUAGGUGCGCUGAAGCUGGUCAGCGCGUGGUGCGGGCCGCGCACGGCGAAGUGGGUGCUCGCCCGCCGGGAGCUCUCGCAGGCGCUGCGGGACACGGGCCCGCGCAGUACCGACUCCGUGCAGACCUCCCGCCGCGAGCUCGCAGAGAUCCUCGUGAACGAGAGGGUGAUACCGCCGCCGUCCCCCCGCCACAAGGGCGCGAGCCGUGCGUGAGCGGCGGCGGGCGGCAUCCGGCCAGUCGAGGCAAGCCCCCACCUCCCCUCGUUCGGGGCGCGCCCCCCCUCGGGCCCCCGUGUCUGGAAUUCCGGGGGCACGGGCGGCGCGCCCGGGGGCCCCGUCGCGCCUCGCUCUGGCUGGCAGCCGGCGCACAGGCCCUGUACAGUGGGCGCCCGCGCACAGCUCGUCCGAAGAAAA